AUGGACUUCAAGUUCAGCAGGUUCGGCUUCAGACGCAAGAAUCCGUCCUCAUCAUCCUCCAAUAAUACCACGCCCACCACAAGCGCUGCUCCUCAGAUUCCUCCAAUUCCGAACCAGUCGACUCAAACCCUCAUCGCCCCUCCUUCCAACGGUGCAACCUCACCCGGUUCCGCGCCCUCUCAUACCAGUUCGUCUUCAACCAGUCUUCCUAUGAACCCGAACCCGAACCCAAACGCUCUGGGGCGGCCCCCGAGUUAUAGCUACAACCGAUCCGCCAGCCCCAUGCCGCCCCAGCAGAUGCCGCACCACCCUCCGCCGCUCAAUACCAACGUUCAAUAUACCCAGCCCGCAAUGCAGCACAUGGGCGCACCGCCAGGCUACGGGUUACAACAACCUGUAGCGCAGCCAGUGCCUCCUAUGCCAUACGUGCGAAACCCUGCCGUGGAAGUCGAGGGAUCGGGUCGCAGCAAGGCACAGCUCAUCGUGGGUAUUGACUUUGGUACCACCUUCUCGGGUGUGGCCUUUGCCUUUGCGACAAACAAUGAAGCGCGAGAGGAUAUCAUUACCGAAUGGCCUGGCGCUGGCACCCAUACUAAACAAAAGAUUCCAACAGUACUAUACUACGAUCAAUACCAAAAAGUGGUAGGAUGGGGUCCGGAUAUCGCAGACGCUCUCGCUCCAACUGGCUAUCCGAAGCUGGGGGUACAAAAAGUCGAAUGGUUUAAGCUUCAGCUUAUGCUUUCGGGAAACACCUACAUCGAUCCCAUUAACCUUCCCCCCUUGCCUCCAGGCAAGUCGGAAAUCGACGUGGCGGCCGACUAUCUAUACAAGCUGCGACAGGCAAUGCGGAAUCAACUCCAAAAGACACUGGGAGAGGUAUUCACCCGAGAGGAGCGCAAUAUUCGGUAUUACCUUACGGUGCCUGCCAUCUGGAAUGAUGCAGGCAAGGCUGCGACCCGUGCUGCAGCCAUCCAGGCGGGAUUCCUGCGUGACGAAAACGACCCCCGACUGACGCUGAUCUCAGAACCCGAGGCGGCAGCUCUCUUCUGUGCCAAGACGGGUCUACUCAAUCUGAAAGUCGGCGAUGCCAUCUUGAUCGUCGACUGUGGUGGAGGUACUGUGGACUUGAUCGCAUACGAAGUGGAAGAGGAGCAGCCGUUCAGCGUGGCCGAGUGUACAGCCGGUUCUGGGGACUCCUGCGGUUCAACAGCUCUCAACCGAAACUUCAGUAACAUUCUGCGGGCAAAAAUUCGGAAGAUGAAGCUGCCUGAUGGCUCACGGACAGCCGGAAAGGUGUAUGCCAAGUGUAUCAUGGACUUUGAAAAUCGUAUCAAGGCAGACUUCCGCAACAAUGGUCAAAAGUGGGCUGUGGAUGUUGGUAUCGAAGCCGACUUUGCGGAGGCUGGCAUUGAGGAUGGAUACAUGACCUUUACCAAUGAGGAGAUUCUUCAAUGUUUCGAACCGGUCGUCAACCGCAUUCUAGAAUUGGUCCGCAACCAGAUCAUCGCCAUCCAGGCACAGAACAAGUCGCUUCAGAACGUGCUUGUGGUUGGUGGAUUCGGUGCCUCCGAGUACCUGUUCCAGCAAAUUAAACUCCACGUGCCGCCUCAAUACCAAUCGAAGGUUGUCAGACCCAUGGACUCCGUCGCAGCGAUCGUCAAGGGGGCUGUCACCGCAGGAAUCACAGAACGAGUCAUCACCCACCGUGUUGCACGUCGGCACUACCUCAUGGCUACUCUUCAGCCAUUCAAGGAGGGCUACCACCCUGAACAGUAUCGUGUGCCCAGCUUGGACGGUCGGGAUCGAUGCAAGUACACCAGACAGAUCUUUGUGCAGAAGGGCGAACGUGUCAAAAUUGGCGAGCCGGUCAAGGUCAGCUUCUUCCGACAGGUGGCACCUGGAGCGACCCUUAUGUACGAGGACAUCUUGUACGCUUGCGACGAAGAUGUCUGCCCUGAAUACACAAAGGAUCCUCGCAUCAAGGAAGUCGUCACCCUCACAUCCGACCUCUCGCGCAAGAAUCUCGAAACCGACUUCGAGCGCAUGGAUACCCCUCAGGGUACCUUCUACCGUGUUUACUUCGACAUCUACCUUACUCUCGACGGUAGUGAGUUCAGUGCGGAGCUUGUCUGCCAAGGAGAGAUCAUGGGCCGCUGCAGGGCCAAGUUCAAGUAG